AAUUCUUUGCGCAUCAUUUUGUGUUCUCAACCGUACCGGAUUCACCACCUGUUUUUCUUUUUAAUUAUUAUUAUUAUUUUGUUUGAAAUACCCGCGUGCAUGUUCUUCAGUAUUGUUCUGAUCUGGAUUGGAUCGCAAGGUAGCAGUUAGAGAGAAAGAGAAAUGGAGGUGUCUUUGAUGGGGUUAAGUGCUUGAAAUUAUUUUUCUUUCUUUUUCUGGGAGCAUUUUUUGAUUGCCUAGAAAAAAAAGGAAGACAAAAGAACCAGGUGAGAAUUUUUUGGAUCUCUAUCUCGUGUCCCCCAAAGAUUCUUUUUAUGGCAGUUAUAAUAACUGUCUAUUACUGCAAAUUGGGUGUGAAUUGUUCUUUAAGCUGUUUGAUUUUUAUUUUCUAGGGAGGAAUAGUUUACUAAUGUGCUUGCAUUGUUGGGGAAUUUUUAGUUGAAAUCGAAGCGUUCUUAUGUUGAAUGAAUGAAAUCGUGUUUUCAAUUUGAAAGCUAAUCUUAGGGUUUGAAUAGCGUAUUUGACUCCUGAGUGGCAUGGCGGGUGUUGAUGUUUCCAAGUAUGCACAUAGUCCGGUGCACAAAGCUGUUGCCAUGAAGGAUUAUGCGGGUCUCAAGAGAAUACUUGCCUCUCUCCCACGUCUUGGGAACUUGACUGAGAUUCGGACUGAGGCAGCCUCGUUGGCCGAGGAAGAGAAGGCCGAUGGGAUCUCUGCCGUGAUUGAUCGGCGUGAUGUUCCUAACAGGGAUACUCCUCUUCACUUGGCUGUUAAACUUGGUGAUGUAACUGCAACCGAAAUGCUUAUGGUUGCCGGUGCUGAUUGGAGCUUGCAGAAUGAACAAGGAUGGAGUGCACUCCAAGAAGCGAUUUGUAAUAGGGAAGAAGCUAUUGCUAUGACUAUUGUUCGGCAUUACCCGUCAUUAGCGUGGGCAAAAUGGUGUAGAAGGUUGCCUCGCUUGGUGGGAACUAUGCAAAGGAUGAGAGACUUUUACAUGGAGAUCACAUUCCAUUUUGAGAGUUCCGUUAUACCCUUCAUUUCCAGAAUUGCUCCUUCAGAUACGUAUAAAAUUUGGAAGAGGGGUGCCAAUUUGCGAGCUGAUAUGACUUUGGCUGGAUUUGAUGGAUUCAGAAUUCAGCGUUCAGAUCAGAGUAUUCUUUUCCUUGGUGAUGGCUCUGAGGAUGGCAAGGUUCCUCCUGGAUCACUUUGUAUGAUCUCACAUAAGGAUAAAGAGGUCAUAAAUGCUUUCGAUGGUGCUGGUUCUCAAGCAACUGACGAAGAGGUUCGACAAGAAGUGGUUGCAAUGUCUCAAACUAAUAUAUUCCGGCCAGGGAUAGAUGUGACACAUGCAGUUCUUUUGCCACAAGUGACAUGGAGGCGACAAGAGAAAACUGAAAUGGUGGGUGCCUGGAAGGCUAAGGUGUAUGAUAUGCACAAUGUCGUCGUUAGCAUCAAAUCUAGGAGGGUGCCUGGGGCCAUGACAGAUGAUGAGUUCUUCGCAGCUACCAAUGAGAAUGAAACGGAGAGUGAAGAGCUCAAUGAGAUAUUGACAGAAGAUGAAAGGAGACAACUUGAAGUUGCUCUUAAGUUGGAUUCUUCAGAAAUAUCCAAUGAGAAUGGUGAUGCCAUUAUUGGGCAUCGUCAUAGCUGUUAUGAGUCUAGGGAAAUCCCUCACGAGGAGACCAAUGGCUAUAAAAAUGUAGAGACUAAGCAGGAAAAGAAAGGAUGGUUUGGUGGAUGGAGGAAACGGGAGUCAAAGAAUGAAACACCAAGAAAGAUUGUGCCACCUAGAAAUUCUCUUUCUGUAGAUGAAAAAGUGAGUGACUUACUUGGAGACUCUCCUUCCAAGAGUCAGAUAAAACCUGGUAGACAUUCCGUGGAACUUGUGGCAAGAGAUGAUCAUAGGAGGAUAAAAAAUUUGAGAACAACUUCUAUGAGCUCAGAGAGUGGUAAUCGGCGUAAGGACAGUGGCAAGGAGAACGAGUAUAAGAAAGGGUUGAGGCCUGUUCUUUGGCUUUCACCAAGCUUCCCACUGCAAACUGAAGAACUCCUGCCAUUGCUAGACAUUCUUGCGAACAAAGUCAAGGCAAUUCGUCGGUUAAGGGAACUGCUCACUACAAAGCUUCCUGCUGGAACCUUCCCUGUCAAGGUUGCUAUCCCAGUGGUUCCAACAAUCAGAGUAUUGGUUUCUUUCACCAAGUUUGAAGAACUACAACAGGUGGAUGAGUUCGCCACGCCCCCUUCAAGCCCCUGUGUCGGGCGAGAAAGCCCUGCAGUGACACAUCCGACUGGUUCAUCUUGGUUUCAGUGGAUAAAGGCGCCGUACCAACGCUCGGGCUCAUCCAAUCACUGCAACAACAAGAUCGAAAACCUUCAAGAUCCAUUUGCGAUACCCCAAGAUUAUGCUUGGAUCACAGCUGAAGCAAAGAAGAAGAUGCAAGAGAAGAGCAGAGCAAAGAACGCUAAGAGUCAGAACCAGUCGAAGUGAUGCUUAAACGAUCCCUGGAUGUAAAACGAAGGCAGCUCCUGCAGAUGAUGACUACUUAGAAAAUGGUACUCCAUUAAUCCAUGAAAGUUGUGUUUCUAUUAAUGAAUCAAAAAGAAACAAAAAAGGGCUGGAAAGAAAAUUGAUAUGUGAUUCUUACAUUUACAUACAACAUUUGGUUGGCAUUUUUGCUGGUUUUUGGAUUACAAAUUUACGUACGGUUUCUCA